AUGGGGAACGAAGAAGACCGAGAUAAGGAAAAGAGAGUGGUUUUUGUUACUGUAGGGACGACCUGUUUUGAUGCACUUGUAAGAGCAGUGGAUUCCAACAAUGUUAAACAAGCCUUGUUUGCAAAAGGAUACACUGACCUUCUCAUUCAAAUGGGUCGAGGAUCAUAUCUUCCUAGUAAGGCUGAAGGAGUUGAUACUUUGGCUGUAGACUACUUCACUUUUUCAUCCAGUAUUGCAGAUCAUCUCAGAUCAGCUUCUCUUGUCAUUAGCCACGCAGGGUCUGGUAGCAUAUUUGAGACAUUGCGGCUGGGAAAACCUUUAAUCGUGGUUGUAAAUGAAGAUUUGAUGGAUAAUCAUCAAAGUGAACUAGCAGAAGAACUUGCUGAUAGAAAACAUCUGUAUUGUGCCAGUCCUCAGACACUCCACCAAACUAUAGCCGAUAUGGAUUUAAGUUCUCUCUUUCCUUACUCUCCAGGUGAUGCUACGCCAGUGGCCAAGCAUAUAAACAAUUUCCUUGGUUUUCCUGAUGAUUAUUGA